AUGGCGCCUGAGGCCCCUGCGGACACCGCAGGCCCGUCCUCCCCACCACCUCAACUUCCAGAAGGCUGGCUCGCUCAGUGGGAAGGUGUCCGACGAAAAUGGUAUUACGUACAGCGGACGACCGGAAAGUCGCAAUGGGAGAUUCCGACCGAACCAAUCGUCCUGACCCCGUCAACAACACCGACGCCGAGCGGAGCAGGGCCAUCGCAAGAGCCAACGUCGCAUCCGACAAGCAACAGCACUCGAGGGAUGGAGUCCGUGGAUACAAUCGCAGGCGGGACGUACUCUGCGGCGGACAGUGCGAGAAUUUCCAACUCCCUUGGCUCCCAGAUAUAUGGGCAGUCGGACAAUCCAAUUUAUGGGUCUUCCGGGGUACCGGGUUGGUAUUCGAAUCAGACGGGUCAACAUCUGCCCGGCGGAUAUCAGCAGCAGCUUGCUGCAAACGCAGCUGGAUAUGGCCCGAAUUCGUUGCAGCAGGGUGUUGUUAGACAGAUGAAUGGUGGUCAGCCAGCAUUUUAUGGCAACCAGACACAUCCAGGUUAUCAAAUCCCAGGUCCACACCACAUGGGCCAAAGUAUCUCCUCACCAGCAUGGGGUAAUAAUCCAGGUACAUAUCAGGGACACUCAAGCGGUUACAACAUACCACAACAUGCACAACCCUUCCAAGGGGUUUCUACUGAUCCUGCUGGAUUGCAUAUCCACCAGCCACCAGCAUCGUGGGGAAUAACCAAAAAUCCGCAGGGGCAAAUGCAAAUGACAAGGUCAGUGGGUGGAGAUUCCGUUUCUCAGCCACAGUGGCAAUUGGAGUCACAGCAAGGCCAUUCGAACGCUCCUGGCGAAGGUGUCCCGAUGAACUUACACCCAUCAACCCUGCCUAAGCCCUUCUUUGGGUCGUACUCGCCUCACCAGGAUGCAGAACCAUCUUCGGGAGAAUUUGUUCGCCGUGCCUCGAAUCCUACUCUUGUCCGGGAAGGGCAAGCCUACCAAACUUCCAUGGAGAGCUUCCCCAACCAUUCACCACACGCCAUAGCUGAACAAGGUAGAUUCGGACAAGGCCAGCCGGGCACACGUUCCCACUCGCAGCAUUCUUCCAUGGACCCUUUAUUGCAGGGAUUCUCACCUCUGCAACAUGUACAGAGUCAAUAUCAACAGCAGCACAUGAUACGAACACAGACAGGAUCCCACCAAGUCAAUCUUACCCAAGGCCAUCAGCAAUAUCACAACCCGUUAGUUCAAGUCGGUGCCAACCAAUACCUCUCGCAGCAUCAAUUUGGUCCUGGCAGUGGGCCGGCGGGGUUCCCUGAAACAGCGCAGGCUCACCAAGUUCCUUACCACCAGUCGAGUCAUUAUCCCGAGCAUCGCGAACAGACCCAGGGGGAGACAGGAAGAAGUUCGGAGUCACACUUUGUCAGUGGGCCGUGGGCUUCAACACCGCCUUCUGCUGGACAGUUGUAA